AUGAAAAUGUUUUACUCACUUAGUCUCUCGUUAUUAACUUUAAAAAUGCAAUUCUCUGCCUCCACCUUGUCUUUUGCAACUUUGAUUGCCUGUGCUGCUGCCUUCUCUAACACCACCGUUACUGAAUACUCCACCACUGAUAUCACCAUCACCUCCUGUUCAGACAACAAGUGUACUGAAACCACCUUGCCAGCUUCCUUGUCCGUCGUCACCGAAACCGUCAACGGUGUUGAAACCAUCUACACCACCAUCUGUCCCGAAACUGAAACCACCCCAGUUCCUACCACAGUCGAGAUGACCACCGUCACCACCACCGUUGAAGGUACCGUCUACACCACCGUCUGCCCAGUCACUGAAGUCACCCCAAUGACUACCAUCACCACCACCGUUGAAGGUACUGUCUACACUACUGUGUGUCCAGUUUCUGAAGUCACUGUCGCUUCUACUUCCGCUACCCCUGUCGCUCCAGUCUCUACCUCUGAAGGUGUCUCCUACGUCGACCUCACCACCACCCCAGUCGUCACUGUCUCCUCCAGUGUUGAAGCUACCUCUUACAAGCAAUUGACUUUGACUUCCUACUACGCUUCCUCCGCUGGUAACGCCACUGUUGCUCCAGAAGUCUCCACCUUCGAAGGUAAGGCUGCUCAACUCGCUGUUGGUGUUGCCGGUUUCGCUGGUUUGGCUGCUGUUUUGUUGUAA